GGAGGUACUGACACGCCGCCUCGAUGUGACCAUCCAGGCUUUUCUGUGGUCGCCGAAAGCCGACAAGUACAGUGGACAGAUUUCGCAGGCUAUAGCCGCCGUCAUGGACUGGCGAGACCACCUGGGCUCCGCCAACAUAGGCAAGUGGCACAUGUUCGCCACGGACCACAACAUCACCGAGGCACCCACCAAGGUCUCGUCCAUCACCUCCAUCUCGUCCAUGGUGAAGAGCGUCAUCAUCGGAGCCGUUCCAGACCGCGGUGGUGUUCCCGAGGGAUAUACAGUCGAGGAUAUCGCGAAGGACAUAGUGAAGGCCAACGUGGCCUUGACGAGGAAGGACGCGGGCGGCGGCGGCAAGGGCGCCUCAGCGCAAGCCGCGGCGGCGCUCAGCGCGAAGCGAUGGGUGGGCCAGGGUAUGGGCGGCGGCGAGGGCGCCAGCUACCAGGACCUCCCGACACUGGCGGCGCGGCUGCUGGGGGCGGUGGCGGAGGCGCGUACUACUCCAAGGGCGCGGGCGGCAAAGGAGGCGACAAAGGUGGAGGUGGCGGCUACUACGGUAGCAAGGAUUCCAGACGGCGGCAAGGGCGGAGGCGGAGGGGGCUACUACUCCCAGCAGGCAUCCGGCGGCGGGGGCGGCUACUAUUCUCAGGGCAGCGGCAAGGACGACGGCGGCGCCAAGGGCGGCGGCGGCAAGGACGGCGGCAAGGACGGCGGCGCCAAGGGCCGUGGCAAGUGGGGCGGUGGGGGGGGCGGGGGCGGCGGCGGCGGCGGGGGUUACUACGCGCAGCAGUCCGAGGGCGGCGGCGGGGGCGGCGGGGGCUACUACUCGCAGCAGUCCGCUGGAAGCUCCGCGGGCGGCGGCGGAGGCGGCGGCGGGGGCUUCUACGCUCAGAGGACCGCCAGCACCGACGCGGGCGGCGGCGGCGGCGGCGGGUUCUACGCGCAGCAGCGGGAGGCGCAGACCGCGCCGGCGGCCGGCGGCUUCUACGCACAGCAGGCCGCGGGGAGCGGAGGAGGAGGGGGCUUCUACGCGCAGCAGCAGCAGCAGCAGAACGCUGGCGGCGGUGGCUUCUACGCGCAGCAAUCCCAGGCAGGCGGCGGGGGCGGCGGCUUCUACGCCCAGCAGGACGCUCCCAGUGCUGGCGGCUUCUACGCGCAACAGCAACAGCAGGCUCCAGCAGCAGGAGGCUUCUACGCCCAGGUGAAGAAGGAGCUGGAGAAGGACAGGCUUGUGUUGUGCUUUGUGGAGGGGAUCCAGCGGGUCCUCGGAAGUUCAAGGGGCGGCGGUGGCGGCGGCUUCUACGACCAGCAGGGUGGCCGCGGCGGCGGCAGAGGUGGUGGUGGCGGCUGGGGCGGCCGUGACACUGACCGGCCAGCCACUGCAAAGGGCUGGAGCAAAGGCCAGCACUGAGUGCGCGGCCGGGAGCGAGCUGGAGGUGGAGCCCGCCACGCCGCGAAAGCCCCACAGGGCUGCGUGGCCCCUCGCCGCUCUCGCCGGCGCGGGCGCGGCCCCAGCGCUGCCGCGCGCUGCUGCUCCACAGGGGGGGGGAGGGCGGGGGGCGAGCAGGUCGAGCCGACUGCCUG